GUUUUGUUUAGUUGCUGCUUACUGCUCGUCCCACUCGAACGUCGUUGCGCCGAUCUACCUGCACUUUAAGUUGUAAUACAAAUAAGCGCUUUUGCUGAUUAACAUGGGUAAUCCACUGUGGUUCAUCUUCUGGCUGCUGGUCUUCUGGAUUGUUUCCUUUGCGGUUGCAUUCUUCUGCGCUUUCUUCUACAUCGUCAUCUAUGCAAUUGUUGUCUGCGUUCCCGGACUGGCGAACGUAGCCGAAAUUCUUCUGCAGGGCUUACAAUUCCCGCAUUAUUGCGCCAAGGCCAUGAUGGACUGCAAGCCCCUAUUCUAAAGGCUUAAAUUAAACAUUGCCUAAUCUUAAGUACAAUAGUAAAUAUGUAAUUGUUGAUUUUGUCAGACUUUUUUAAUGAUAAAUUUUAAUUAAUUAAUAAUUGAAUGGUA